AUGCUCAUCACUCGAACGACGAGGGCGCUUGGCUUGUUUUCAUCCACAAUCAAGUCCACCUCGUAUUCAUCAUUCUCGAGACUUGCUCCUUUCGGCCAAACGUACACCCGCACGCUGAGCACCACCACACAGGCCACUAUUCCCUCGUACACCGUGAACAAAGAUCGACUCUGGAACACUAUCCACGAAACUGCACAAUGGGGUGCUACUCCAGAUGGAGGCAUCCGUCGCCUCGCACUGACUGAUACGGACAAAGCCGUACGCGAAUGGUUCGUCUCCACGACGCAGUCAUUAGGAUGCACUGUGAAAGUCGACGAGAUGGGCAGCUUGUUUGCUACGCGGGCGGGCAUCUCCACUUCUCUUCCCCCCAUCGGAAUUGGGAGCCAUCUUGAUACCCAGCCGGCCGGUGGCCGCUACGAUGGGAUUCUGGGCGUCCAGGCUGGCAUUGAGAUCCUGCGGGUCCUCGAGGAAAACGGACACCAGACAUAUGCGCCGCUUGCGGUUAUAGACUGGACAAAUGAGGAAGGUGCUCGGUUCAACACCGGCAUGGUUUCAUCUGGCGUCUGGUCUGGCCGGUACGCUCUGGAUUACGCUCACGCGCUUCCGGCUGCUGAGGACAAGACCAAGAAGGCGACAUUGAAGAGCGAGUUGGAGCGGAUCGGCUUUCUGGGAAGCGUACCCGCGUCGUACCAGGCGAAUCCUCUGAGCGCGCAUUUCGAGCUGCACAUCGAACAGGGCCCCGUUCUUGAAGAUGAGGGUAAAAUGGUUGGCGUGGUAACUGGCGUGCAGAGUAUGGGCUGGCUUAUUGUCACGGUCCACGGGAAGAACCAGCAUUCAGGCACCUGCCCAAUGGCCCGACGGGCUUGUGCCCUCACAUCUGCUGCCCGCAUGAUAUCGCGGGUGGAGGAGAUUGCCCUUGCUGCAGAUGGCCUCUCGACUGUCGGAGUCAUCAACUCGUGGCCUCAAUCGCCAGCAACCGUGCCGCAUAAAGUUGUUUUCAGCGUCGACUUGAGCCACCAUUCCACCGAGGUGCGAGAACGCAUGAUUGCCGAGACGAGUGCAGAAUUCGGCCGAAUUGCCCAGGCAAACAAAUGCACAGUUGAGAUCGAAGACAUAUGGAACAGUCCGGCCGUGCAGUUCCAUGAGGAUUGUAUCAGCUGUGUGCGCGAGGCAGCGCGGAACGCAGCCGGAGAGGACAAUGUAAAAGAGAUGAUGGCAGGUGCCGGCCACGACAGUGUACACACAAGCGACCGUUGUCCAACGAGUAUGGUGUUUGUGCCGUCCAAAGGAGGCAUUUCUCAUCACCCUGACGAAUAUUCUUCUCCGGAGCAAUGUGCUCUUGGGGCGCAAGUGUUGCUUGAAAGUGUGCUGCGAUAUGACGAUCAGUUGAAGAAGGCUGCACUUUGA